AUGGGUGAUGAUUGGUUAAAUGAUUGUUUAGUUACUUAUAUUGAGAGAGAUAUUUUUGUUGAUGUUGAAAAUGAGAAAAUCAUUCAACAUUUUCAAAACAUGAAAAAUUGUAGAGAACAAUUAUAA